AUGUUCGAGUGGUGGAGGAUUGAAGAGCACGAGUUCAAGAUACUACGAUCUUGGUGGCUGCUGCCUAUAGCACGAGGGCAUUGGAGGGCGGCAUGCAGGGAUUCUAAUGGCCAUCCUCUGUGUUGUCGCACCUGUUCAUGCUCGAGCCAAUUUUAUCACCUCUUUUCACAUGGAUUCAGUUAUGCAAUUGUAAAUAUGAAGUGGUGUGACCCUAAUGAGCAGAGCCCGAGAGUACCGCUGCCACAGGAAAUUGACUGUGGCACCGAGAUCUACCGUCACGCCAUCGCCGAACUCAAUGGAGAAGUAGAUAUCGCAGCGUGCCUUCUCGGGACCACCUUGGUCGUGCUUCCCACAAAGCAGCAGAGCCCGAGAAAGCAAUCAAAGGAUCGACGACAUUUCCUCCCACAACUUGACCUUGUCCACCAGCUAAAUAUAUUGUCAAAUUUGUGGCGCCUGGUGGCGCCGGUGGCUGCAGGAAGGAGCCAGAAAGGGAUAAAAUUUCAAACCCUAUCCCAUUCAGAAAGGGUAACUAGUAAAACCUUCACAGCCACUGCUUCCCACUUUGUUUCCCAGCUCCACCUCCAAAGACCGCCAGAUUCUGAAGAUGAAAGCAAUCGAAAUCAGUUUUCCGGCGAAAACGACGAUAACUCACAUCAAGGGAUGGAGCUUGGAACAUCCAAUACAAGCUCGGGCGACAUGGUGGCGAAUCGGCAGCGCGGCCGUCCCCCGGGAUCCAAGAACAAGCCAAAACCGCCUGUGAUUAACACCCGAGAGAGCGCGAACUCACUUUGUGCUCAUAUUCUGGAGGUCAGCAGUGGCUGUGAUGUGUUUGAGGCGGUGGCUGCCUAUGUAAGGAAGAGACAAAGAGGGAUUUGCAUAUUGGGUGGCACUGGUACUGUCAACAAUGUUACCAUUCGGCAGCCGGCAUUGUGGUGA